AUGUGCAAAUCCAAGUCUGCUUCCAUCAUUUUGGCACCUACCAUGUGCAUCCACCGUCACCCAUUAGGUGGAAAAGAUUUUCAGUCUUUUAGCGAAGAUCCAUAUCUCACCGGAAGGCUGGCCGCAGCACAUGUGAAGGGUCUGCAAUCGAGGAGAAUUGGUGCCUCACCAAAGCACUUCGUCGCAAACGACCAAGAAACAAAAAGUUUCAAAGUCAAUGUCCAAAUCGAUGCACGCGCUCUGCGAGAAAUCUACCUACUUCCCUUCCAGAUGGUUGUCCGGGACGCCAAUCCAUGGUGCAUGAUGACAGCUUACAACAAAGUAAACGGAACUCAUUGCGAUACCUCAAAAGAUCUUUUGAUCGAUAUUAACCGCAAGGAAUAG